UUCAGCAGCUCAGAGCAGAACUGAAGAUCCAUCUGCUCCAGGUGAUCAUCGUCUCCAUGAAAAUGUCGACUCUGCCUUUACUUCUUGUUGCCAUGAUGGCUCUGACCAGAGCUGCUGUUCUUCCAGAUACUGAAGCUGGAAAUGGGGCAGAAACUGGAGUUCUUCCAGAUGCAGAUGCUGGAAAACCGGCAGAAACAGAGGGAGAGAUGGAUGUUUUCAAGAGGACAUAUCGUUCUGAAUGUCCACGGGGUUGGAGUAAAUAUGGCCGGCGCUGCUUUCACUUUGUUCCAAGAGAAAUGACUUGGUCUGAUGCUCUGAAAAACUGUUGGUCCAUGGGUGCAAACCUGGCAUCUGUCCUGAGUGCUGACGAGUAUCACUGGCUCCAGAAGCUCAUAGCAGAUCGAUCUCAUGCACAUCCUGAAACAUUUCUUGGAGGCACUGACGCGACACAUGAGGGAAAUUGGUGGUGGACUGAUGGCUCAAGUUUCCUGUUUUCAUACUGGUGCCGUGGAGAGCCAAACAAUGCUCGUGGUAGGCAGCACUGUCUGCAGAUGAACCAUUCAGACAAGAAAUGCUGGGAUGACUGGGAUUGCCGCAAUCACUUACCAUCUAUCUGUGCCAAGAAGAUCUGGUCAAUCUAGUGAUUCAAAGGCAUCAAAGCAAAAACCAAAUUAGUGGAAAUUGUUCUGUCUUUAUUUUUCUCUUAUCACUGUAAUGCUGUGCAAGGAGCAAAUCAACAAUUAUCUCCAAGAGCAAAAAAAAAAAAAAAAAAAAAAAUAGCUUUUAGCACUACUUUCUACUGAAGACUGAUCUCUUCCUUCUAUGAUCUAAAUUAAAGCUCAAAGC